CCGAGUGCUGGGAGGGAGCGGGACCUGCGCGGCCACGCUGCCCACGACGCCUCGGCCAGGCGCCAUCUGACGAGCGAGCGGGGCGGCCGGGCACCCACCGCCGGCCCCGGGGCGUCUGUCUGCCCGGCGCAGGUGGCGCCCACGGCCUCGGGCUCGUGGGGGCGCCCCGUCUCUGCCCCGGAGAGGGGGAGAGGCGGGGGUUCGUGACCGGGAAGACGCCCCCCGGCGGUCGGGUGUGCAGGUGGCCGGCCCGGCUCGCGGCUCCCAGACGACGUUGCUCCGGGGGCCGCCGGCUCCUGCGCCCCAGCGCGGGGUCCCGGGCCCUGGCGGGGGUCUGCCGGGAAGAUGGCGACCCCGGGCAUGAGCUGGCAGCAGCACUACUACAGCGGCUCGGCGGCCAAAUUCUCGCCCUCGGCGGCCGCGGCGCAGCAGGCGGGACACAGCCUGGACUACAGCCCGGACCUGCACCUGAAAAUGAGCAAGAAGAUCGCGCAGCUCACCAAGGUGAUUUAUGCUUUGAACACGAAAAAUGAUGAGCAUGAGUCUGCAGUUCAAGCCCUCAAAGAUGCUCAUGAAGAAGAAAUCCAACAAAUACUUGCAGAAACAAGAGAAAAAUUAUUGCAAUAUAAGAGCAAAGUAACAGAAGAGUCAGACCUUAAGAAAAAAAUUCAAGCUUUAGAAACAUCAUUAGAAGAGCACAGAAAGAUGAAGGAACAAGCUUUGACAGAAUUUGAAGCUUAUAAGCACAGGGUUGAAGAUAUGCAGCUUUGUGCAGAAGCUCAGCAUGUCCAACGCAUUGUAACCAUGUCUAGAGAGGUUGAAGAGAUUAGAAGGAAUUUUGAGGAACGAUUAAAAAGUUUCGGACAACUCCAAGUACAGUUUGAAAAAGACAAGCGCUUGGCAUUAGACGAUUUAAGAGCCACUCAUAGAGAGGAAAUCCAAGAGUUGCUCAGAUCACAGCAGGAUCACAGUGCUUCAGUAAACAAAGGGCAGGAGAAGGUGGAGGAAAUGCACAGAGUGGAGGUGGAGGCCUUAAACAAAACACUUGAAGAGCUGAGACUUGAGCGAACGAAACUAAUUGAGGACUAUGAAAGCAAGUUGAAUAAAGCUCAGUCCUUUUAUGAACAUGAGCUUGAUACUUUGAAAAGGUCACAGCUUUUUACAGCAGAAAGCCUACAAGCUAGCAAAGAAAAGGAAGCUGAUCUUAGAAAAGAAUUUCAAGGACAAGAAGCCAUUUUACGGAAAGCCAUAGGAAAAUUAAAGACAGAGUUGCAGAUGGUUCAGGAUGAAGCUGGAAGUCUUCGAGACAAAUGCCAAAAGCUUCAGCUAGCACUUGUUACAGCAGAAAACAAUGUUCAGGUUCUUCAAAAACAACUUGAUGAUGCCAAGGUGGGAGAGAUAGCCUUAUUAAGCAAGCACAAGGAACUGGAAAGUGAGCUAGCAGCAUCCAGAGAAUGUUUACAGCAGCAAGCUUCAGAUCUUGUCCUCAAAGCUAGUCAUAUUGGAAUGCUGCAAGCAACUCAAAUGACCCAGGAAGUUACAAUUAAAGAUCUAGAGUCAGAAAAAUCAAGAGUCCAUGAAAGAUUAUCUCAGCUUGAAGAAGAAAGGGCUUUUUUGCAAAGCAAAACUCAAAGUCUUGAUGAAGAACAGAAGCAGCAGAUUCUGGAACUGGAAAAGAAAGUAAAUGAAGCAAAGAAUGCUCAGCAAGAAUAUUAUGAAAUGGAGCUUAAAAACUUGCAAAGUAGACUGGAAGGUGAGGUGGCUCAAUUAAAUGAAGCCCAUUCUAAGACUUUGGAAGAAUUAGCUUGGAAGCACCAUGUGGCAAUUGAAGCUAUCCAUAGCAAUGCAGCAAGAGAUAAAAAAAAACUGCAACUGGAAUUGGAGGAACAAUAUAAAAAAGAGAAAUUAAAUCUGGAAGAAGAUAAAAAUCAGCUUCAUCAAGAAUUAGAAAACCUGAAGGAAGAACUGGAAGGCAAACUGAAAACAGCCAAUCAAGAGAUUGGCCGCCUCCAAGAUCUGGUAAGAAAGAGUGAACAAGGUCUUGGCUCUGCCGAAGGAUUCAUUGCUAGUCUUCAGAGCUCACAAGAAAGGCUUCAGAAUGAGCUUGAUGUCACAAAAGGCAGGCUGAAGGAUACCAAGGAUGCUCUGUUAAAUGUUGAGGGUGAGCUAGAACAAGAAAGGCAACAGCAUGAAGAAACACUGGCUGCCAUGAAAGAAGCAGAGAAGCACAGAGUCAACAAAAUGGCCCAUGAUUUAGAAGUAAAAUGGACUGAAAAUCUUAGACAAGAAUGUUCUAAACUUCGUGAAGAACUAAGGCUUCAACAUGAAGAGGACAAGAAGUCAACAAUGUCUCAACUUUUGCAAUUAAAAGAGCGAGAGAAAAAUGCAGCCAAGGACUCAUGGCAGAAAAAAGUAGAAGACCUCCUAAACCAGAUUUCCUUGCUGAAACAGAACCUGGAAAUGCAGCUUUCCCAGUCUCAGACUUCUUUGCAGCAACUACAAGCCCAGUUUACACAAGAACGGCAACGACUUACACAAGAGCUAGAAGAAUUAGAGGAACAGCAUCAACAGAGACAUAAGUCUUUAAAAGAAGCACAUGUCCUUGCAUUUCAAACUAUGGAAGAAGAAAAGGAAAAGGAACAAAGAGCUCUUGAAAAUAAUUUACAACAAAAACAUUCCGCAGAGCUUCAAUUAUUAAAAGAUGCACACAGAGAGUCAAUGGAGGGCUUCCGGGUAGAAAUGGAACAGGAACUUCAAACUCUACGGUUUGAAUUAGAAGAUGAAGGAAAGGCUAUGCUUGCUUCCUUACGCUCAGAACUAAACCACCAGCAUGCAGCUGCAAUUGAUUUAUUACGACAUAAUCAUCAUCAAGAAUUGGCUGCUGCUAAAAUGGAACUAGAGAGAAGCAUAGACAUCAGCAGAAAACAGAGUAAGGAGCACAUGUGUAGAGUAACAGAUCUACAAGAAGAAUUACGGCACAGAGAGCAUCACAUCUCUGACUUGGAUACGGAGGUUCAGCACCUUCAUGAAAAUAUAAGUGCCCUAACCAAAGAGUUGGAAUUUAAGGGCCAAGAAAUUCUCAGAAUACGAAGUGAAUCUAACCAACAAAUGAGGUUGCAUGAACAAGAUUUAAACAAGAGACUUGAAAAAGAGCUGGAUGUCAUGACAGCAGACCACCUCAGAGAGAAAAAUAUCAUGCGGGCAGAUUUUAAUAAGACUAACGAGCUACUCAAGGAAAUAAAUGCAGCUUUACAAGUGUCAUUAGAAGAAAUGGAAGAAAAAUAUCUAAUGAGAGAAUCAAAACCAGAAGACAUACAGAUGAUUACAGAAUUAAAAGUCAUGCUUACAGAAAGAGACCAUGUCAUAAAGAAACUAAUUGACGAUAAUAAAUUUUAUCAGCUGGAAUUAGUCAAUCGAGAAACUAACUUCAACAAAGUGUUUAACUCCAGUCCUACUGUUGGUGUUAUUAAUCCAUUGACUAAGGGACUAUCCUCACAUGUAUUAUUUUUAAUGCAGCAAAAGAAGAAGAAUGAUAAGUCACCAACAAACAGGUUUGUGAGUGUUCCCAAUCUAAGUGCUCUGGAAUCUGGUGGAGUGGGUAAUGGACAUCCUAACCGCCUGGAUCCCAUUCCUAAUUCUCCCAUCCACGAUAUUGAAUUCAACAGCAGCAAACCACUUCCACAGCCAGUACCACCCAAAGAGCCCAAGACAUUUUUGAGUCCUCCUCAGAAUGAAGCUUCUCCAGAUCCCCAACGCCAGGAGUGGUUUGCCCGCUACUUCACAUUCUGAAAGAAUUGUGUUGGCACACCUCUGUGUGGACUGUUACGAGCAUGAUCUUAAACAGUUUGUUAUGUGAAGAGGCUAUCCGAUGUUAAACACUGUGAAUGAGAAAGUAUUUGUUUCUCCAAUUUUUGCACUGUAAUUCCUGUGAUGCCUAUUGGAAUCUCUCUAAAAGGUACUAUGGUACAUGUAUAACUAUUAACAGUUAUUUUUAUUUGAGAUGGGAGAGUCUUUAACCUUUGUAAUUACUGCAUAAUAAAUUUUGUUAGAACAAACA